CGAGGGGCGCCGUCCCGUUCGUGGACUAAGCCGUGCUCCGACUUGCUUUACAGCCGCCUCGCGCGACGCCCCUCCUUUUCCUCUCCUCGCUAAGAUGGCGGCGGCCGGGACUCUUUACACCUACCCCGAGAACUGGCGGGCAUUCAAAACCCUAAUCGCUGCCCAGUACAGCGGUGCCAAGAUCAAGGUCCUCUCCACUCCGCCACAGUUCCACUUUGGGCAGACCAACAAGACCCCGGAGUUCCUGAAGAAAUUUCCAGCCGGGAAGGUUCCAGCCUUUGAAGGGGAUGAUGGAUUCUGCGUGUUUGAGAGCAAUGCCAUUGCACACUACGUCAGCAAUGCAGAACUACGAGGAGCAAACAAGGAAGUAGCUGCCCAAGUCAUCCAGUGGGUAAGCUUUGCCGACAGUGAUGUUGUCCCCCCUGCUAGCACGUGGGUCUUCCCCACUCUGGGCAUCAUGCAGUAUAACAAGCAGGCCACAGAGUACGCCAAGGAGGAAGUGAAGCGGAUUCUGAGCCUCCUCGACGCCCAUUUGAAGACCAGGACAUUCCUGGUGGGGGAGCGCAUCACAUUGGCCGACAUCACUGUUGUCUGCACUCUCCUCUGGCUUUACAAGCAGGUACUGGAGCCAUCCUUCCGCCAGCCUUACGAAAAUGUCAAUCGUUGGUUUGUAACCUGCGUCAACCAGCCACAGUUCAAGGCUGUCCUGGGAGAAGUGAAGCUGUGUGAGAAGAUGGCACAGUUUGAUGCCAAGAAGUUUGCCGAGAAUCAGCCCAAGAAGGAAGUGCCCAAGAAAGAGAAACAGCCCAAGGAGGAGAAGAAGUCAGAGAAGAAAGAGGAGCCGGAGGAGGAGUUGGACGAGUGUGAGCAGGCCUUGGCCGCCGAGCCCAAAUCCAAAGACCCCUUUGCUCACCUCCCCAAGAGCCCUUUCAGCAUGGAUGAGUUCAAGAGGAAGUACUCCAACGAGGACACUCUGACAGUGGCACUCCCCUACUUCUGGGAGCAUUUCGAUAAGGAGGGCUGGUCCAUCUGGUAUGCGGAGUAUCGCUUCCCUGAGGAGCUUGCACAGAGCUUCAUGAGUUGCAACCUCAUCACAGGCAUGUUCCAGCGCCUGGACAAGCUGCGCAAGAACGCCUUUGCUUCUGUCAUCCUCUUUGGCACCAACAACGACAGCAGCAUCUCUGGAAUCUGGGUCUUCCGAGGGCAAGAGCUGGCCUUUCCGCUGAGUCCUGACUGGCAGGUGGAUUACGAGUCCUACACUUGGAGGAAGGUGGACCCAGACAGCCAGGCAUGCAAGACGCUGGUGAAGGAGUACUUCCUUUGGGAGGGGGAGUUCAAGCACACCGGCAAAGCCUUCAACCAAGGCAAGAUCUUCAAGUGAUGCUGCAGCCAGAGCUGGCGGGGAACUGUUUCCAACACAUGGACCCAAGGAGGGACAUAGUCUCUGGAGCGCCAACAGCUGCCAGUGGUAGAAAAACAACUCAACAGGGAGAGACAUCGUGACGAUCUAAGAUGUGAAUUAAAAGCCCACGUGUGCUAGUUGUUUUGA